ACGCAGUCUCUGAAUCCGCUUCCGGCGUGCCGACGACACCGAUGCUUGUGCCCACAGACUGAUCACAGGGCUUUUACCCGAACAGCACUGAAUGGUAGCAGCUGAGAGACGGGGUGCGGAGCGAGGGUUGCCAAACCCGGAGGAUUUCUCACGGCUCACGGACGAGAAUGCUCUUCUCUAUGUAUCCGCAUAAACGGAUGACAACCUCCAAACAAUCCUGUACUGAAAACUUUCAGUUCUACAUCUGACGCGAGGCUGUUAUUGAGAUUUUUUUUUCUCUUUAGAGCAGACAUCAUGCAGGUGCAAACUGUGGGCUACUGAAAUGACUUGCUCGGCGCUGACGCGUUUCAUUGUGCCAUGCCAACCCCGCAUUGUCAGAUGCCAUUUUACUCUGCGUUAUCUGGAAUUCCAACAUACUGGGCCUGUUGUGUAAUUAGAAGUUCGUGAGGCAAAACAAAGCUGGUGCAAUGAGAAGCUACGCUGCCCGAGACAUUGUGCGCAAUUUGUGCUGAAGCUUAUGGGUCCUGCUGCGUACUCAAGCUCCCGGCUUCCACUUGGAGAGGUGUGCUGCUGGGCUACAGCGCACUGGCUGUCGGCUUCACAUCUGGACCGCCUGGCUACUGUCAUCUGCGGCCUGUUCGGACCGUGCACUCCCUGAACUUGCAUGUUUAAGGGGAACUGAGUGAGAUUUGCCUCGGAUGGUGUCGUGUUAGGGUGAAUAUUUUUUUGGGGCUGGGACUUGUUCAAAAAAAAAAAAAAAGCUGGACUACUCAAGGAAAAAAAAUCCAGCUAUGGAUUUUGCGUAGCGAAGUCACGCAUUUUUUAAAGGCAACGCUAGGGUGACAUUGCAGUCUUCUCACCACAUCGGUUAUUUCGUCGUCCGACAAAAAAAUAAAAAAAAGAGUGAAAGUGGAGUAUUGUCCGUCAUACGUAUCAACGCAGUGGGAUUUCUACGUCUGGUCGGCGUUCCCCCCCACCCUUCCCGCGGUGACGGUUAUGGGUCGGAAGCGGUGUGUCGGUGCAGAUUGUUCCAAGAUGGCGGCCGGGUGCUGCGGGGUGAAGAAGCAGAAACUGUCGGGAUCGCCCGGGUCGGGGGGUCCCGGCGGGGUGGGGGCGGGAAGCGGGGUGGCAGGAACCGGACAUUGUGGCUCGGAGUUGGGGAUUGGCUCCUCCGCGACCGUUGCAGCAGCGGCGAACGUGAGCAGAGCCAACGGCCUGGGGGGACCCGGGGGUAACGUUAGCGGCAGCGGUAGUAGUAGUGGCGGCAGCGGCGGCACGAACGCUCUGUCCCCAGCCCCGGCCGGUUACACUUCAUCCGGCCUCUCCCCGAAUCUCAGCUCGGGACCUGGUUCGGGAAGUGGAGGCAGGAAAAUGGUCGUCUCAGCGGAGAUGUGCUGCUUCUGUUUUGACGUGCUUUAUUGCCAUCUGUACGGAUACCAACCUCCGAGAACACCCAGGUUUACAAAUGAUCCCUACCCGCUGUUUGUCACGUGGAAAAUAGGCAGAGACAAGCGGUUGAGGGGUUGUAUAGGUACAUUUUCUGCCAUGAAUCUGCACUCAGGACUCAGGGAGUACACCCUUACCAGUGCCCUUAAAGACAGCCGCUUCCCCCCUAUGACAAGGGAUGAGCUGCCUCGCCUCUUCUGCUCAGUGUCUCUGCUCACCAACUUUGAGGACGUCGGUGAUUACCUUGACUGGGAGGUGGGUGUUCACGGUAUUAGGAUAGAGUUUUUCAAUGAAAAAGGAUCAAAGCGCACCGCCACCUACCUACCAGAGGUUGCAAAGGAGCAAGGUUGGGACCACAUUCAAACCAUAGAUUCCUUACUACGAAAGGGAGGUUACAAAGCUCCCAUCACAAAUGACUUCAGGAAGACCAUUAAGUUAACCAGGUACCGUAGCGAGAAGAUGACAAUGGGUUAUGCAGAGUACAUCGCCCACCGCCAGCACCAUCACUACCAGAAUGGCAUUGGGCACCCUCUACCACCCUACAACCAUUAUUCCUGACAGCGAGCCGCAUGACCAAUCAUUGGACCUCUCCGCGGACCUUUUCCCAGGAGAGCCUGCCCCCUCCUGGUCUAGCUAUUUCUACUACUGUACCAUUUUAUGAUGAUAGUUUCCGUUGCCAUGCUGGCCGUCUCCCAGACGUUGACAUGGCAACGGGUGGCAACGAAGCAUCAUUUGAUUACGGCAAGAAAUCCACGUUUCUUUUUUCUUUGCCUGUGGUUACGUUUUUGCAGCAUAUGUAUACCUAUAUCUAUAACCCCCCUAUCCAUUAAUAUUUUUGAAAACUAAACAAAUAUUAGAUUUUAUUAAUCUUUUCAGCAAACCUAAUCAGGUGUUUGAUUCUGUGGAUGGAAGGAAGUCUCUUAUGGUGGAUUAGUCUCGCGCUUCUAUUGUUUAGGCUUUGCUACAAUUUUACAUUUACUAAGACUUAUUUUUUUCCUUCUUUUCUUUAUCUUACUAUCAAAACAUGUAUACCAUGUAGCAAGGCAACUGCAGUUCUCAAAGGCUGUGUCGUCUAUUCCGAUUCCUCUCAAAAAAAAAAAAAAUUGACUGUUGAGGUUGCUUGUAAACUCUUGUAGUGUUGUAGUUGGGACUAUAUAUUGGGAUCUGUAUACUCCAAAGUAUAGAUAGUAGGAUUGUGAAGCCCUUUGCUGGUAGUGUUUAUUGUUUGAGCUCACAAUCGUGUGUGUAUUUCUGUGUGUGGAUAUAGAUAUUGGUCUGCCACAAGACGAAAACCAGUAGAGUGAAUUUAGAAAUUGGAUUUUACCUAAAAGAUUCCCCCCGCAGAGAUUUUUUUUAGGGAAACCUACCCCUGAGUAUUUGUGGUGUUUUGUGGUGUACAUUUUGAGUUUCGGCAUUCAGCCCCUCUCUUUUUUCUUUGUUUUUGAAAUUUAAGGUAAUUGUGGAGGAAGCCAUUUCUGUCUGAGGAUAAUCAAGUCAGCGCAGGGGAUUUGUUAAUUCUGUAAAAAUUUGAUAUAAGUGGGUCUGAUUUCCCCCCUCACGCGUUGGAGAAGGGGAGCAGGCACAAAAAAAACGUGCAUGAACGAUGCUUUCUUUUAAAUUGACUGUGUCCGUUGAGUUUACUGGCAGGGAGUCACUUGAAUGGGACAUGCUAUAACUACUUAAAGCCAUAUUUUUAUUCCACACUUUGUAAGAGUGGUCUGUCGUUUGGCUUGAAGUGUUUGCAUUCUCUGAUUUUUCGGGUCGUCAACCUUUCGAAUGCAAACUUAACACCAGCCAGCCUCAGGCAAGGCUGCAUCACUGAAUACCGGCGGUUUCAGUCAUUUGUCUCGUACCCGUGUCGUCGUCGUGGAAACAUUGUCUUGCCUCUACAGAUUAUAGAUAACCAUUGUCACUCGUUCACAAAGUAUGAUGUACUACAGUUGUCAUUUUAGUGAAAACACACCACUUGACGCACAAAGAAUCGAAUGAACAUGUUUGUGUCAUUUAGACGUGCAUGUCACGGUGCUCUUCAGAUUGUGAAGCAGUCGAUAUAGUUGUUGAAACCGCACCUCCACCGUUCUCCUCUCACGCUCAGUGAGAUCCCGUUGAUCUCGUGUGUCCGCGGCACAGGAAAUGUUUAGAUUGGCGGCCUGUUUUGUCAGCUGUCUGGCAGUAGGUUUUAGAGCAAACACAGUUGAAUUCGUUAGAGCCGAAUCUCUGCAUGGAGCCCGGCGGCUUGCAGUUAAGGUCUACAAAUAAAAAGGAAAAAAAAAGAAAAACCAGGGCUUUGUAAGGACUUAAGAAGCCAUUUCCCAUCCAAAUAUUACUUGUUGUGAGUCACAUCCACACACACGUUAGGCUACUUCCAGAAUGUUCGAGGAUCAUUUUGUGAUCCGCUCGCUUUGGGUUUUUUUGCUAACUGGAAUUUUUGAGAGGUUCUUGUUACUUGACUACCAUCUUUCUUCGUAACAGCCUUUACUAACUGACAGGUUAUUUUUUCUUUAUGCAAAAAUGUCAAGGGCUUUUGGCACUCCAUCCACAGUAACCCGAAAUGACCCAGAUUUAAGUUGUGUUGCCUUAAAUGAAUGAUUUAAUAAACGGUGGGCCGGUAGCUGAUGCUCCGACUGCUCCUCUGUCCCGUGGUUUGCUCUUUUCCACCUCGGCGCCACAGUGUGGACGUUGUUUUUUUCCCUCACUUGAAUGCUUUCUUAAGACAUACGGGGGCUCCUGUAUGCCUGCAGUCUCCUGUUUGCUCACGUCUUACCCAGCUGCUGGUCCUCGAAUCCUUUCAUUUUUUUUGAAAGCCCCACAUCGAUACAUUCUCUUAAAAAAAUUACGUCGGGCACUGUGGCGUUUGUACCGUAAACGUUCGAACCGUGGGAAAGACCGUUUCAUGCCUCGUAAAAAUGAAUGCUCUCGUGAAAACACUACAUCAGAGGAGGAGCAGUCAGACAUUCGUUUCCUGGUCCAUUUAAAACAGCACAACCUGAAUUCUUCUGCUGCAAAACCAAAUUGACCAUGCUCUUUUACAUAUAUGUCUUUGUAUACACAUGCAAUGUCUUUAGUUGCAUGUAUGUAUGAGUAUGAGACCUAUGGUUUUAUCCAUUGAUAUGCUUGAUCUAUGGCUUAGACACUCUUAUUAACCAUUAAGAGAUUUAAAAGACAAAUAUGGUGCUAUCGGACCUCAUAUUGGGGUGGUCACAGCUCGUGACUGGUCAUGCGGACUCAUUGAUCAUAUCAUACUUAAAGAUGCUACAUGUAAGAUUUUCUCUGCAGUGUGUCGCUGCGAAAAUGAGUCAUGGCGGCACAUUUUUAACACUGAAGGACUGUCAUCGAUACAAACAGUAGCCCCGAGAAGAAUCUUUUGGGAUCAAUUCCCUAUGGGAAAACCAGACUAAUAUUCUUUACACAUAUAAUGAAGAAGUCCCUGCAGCAACCAUGGGGCUGCAGAAUGUACUGUCAAUGGCCGUUUUUACCGUUUAACAGCGAUAUGUUGAGAGAAAAUCCUACAUGUGUUACCUUUACUAUCCUUGAUAUAUGCAGAUCUGUUCAACAGGUGUUUUUUUUUUCUUACCAGUGCAAGUCAACACCCCUGCAGGUUUGAAAGGACAAGAAGUCACACGUAGCCUCCCCUCCCCCCUCUUCUCGAUUACUCCCUACACUGUGGCCCAACCUCAUGGCCUAGUUUGUCAAGGUGUGACGUGUGUCGUUCUGUAGGUAGAUAGUGGCAGUAGUAGUGACCGUUGCCUCUCCCGGAAGAUCGGAUGCUGCUUUUAUAUUUUUCCGAGCACAUCCUCCGUUUUUCCUUUAGCUGCUGAAUCGUUCUGAAAGCUUUCGAAGGGUUGCCGAGGCUUUCGCAGCCUCUCUCAAACUAUGUCGAAGGUAAGCGUCUCCUCUUGAAGGCGAGGUGUGUAAAAUUUAGGGGGAUUUAGUGGCGUCUAGGGGCGAAUUGCAGAUUGCAACCAGCCAAAGUAUUCAGAGGUCCCUUCUCCAAAAAAAUAAAUCAUCUGAUAAAAACAGCCAAAUAUGCAGAAUAAAGCAGUUUCACAUUACAAAUCAGCAUUCUCACAACACGCUCGCACCUUUUCUCUCCUGAGUUAAUGUGCACGCCUCUUUUGAUCCAGGAGGUUUAAACCGUGAGACGAAUUGUCCCUAGAGGUCGCCUCCGCCAUACACGGAUCAGCAAAAACAACCGAAAACGCUGUAGUAUAACAGGCCAGUAGUUGGCGGUGUAAUUUUGUAACAGCACACCAUAAUAACAACACCACACUCAUUCACGAAGUGCAGCCGUGACGUCAGCGUUCACACAGGCUCCGUGCAUUACCAGUUUACACCGCGACAGAAGGGGUGGCGUUUUCAAAAGAUUACAAUGUGGAUCCUGGUUUCAAAAGUUUGCGUUUUCAGGCCCCCAAAAUGAUGAUGUCGUGGGAACAACGGGCCCAUAAACUGACCAAAAACUGAAUAAAGCAGUUUCAGCUUUAUGUUUUUCUGGACACACUUCGCCAUGUCGCUAUGGGGAGCGAGUCCAACGCAAACUAACAGGAGGUUGCCAUUUUUCUCCUUUAACUUAAGAUUCAGAUGUUCAGGAGGUUUUCAACGGAAGUCGAAACACCCACGAAGAAUGAUUCCUCUUCAAAACAACCAGAUUCGGUGAUUUAAACCGCUAGAAACACUAAAUAAAGCUCAUUUUUAUGUCAAAAACAGUGUAACUCCGGCGCUGCUCAUUGCAGUUGGGCUUCGUAGUGCAGUGGCCGCCGCGAAAACACAAACCGAUGUUUGUUUUGACGUUUCUGGGCUUAUGUAGAAAUAUGGCAGUGAACAUGGCGAUCUCUGUUUAUACAAAAGAGAAAACCUAUGAUAUCAUAUUCCAUUUCUGCCCAUAUAUCCCCCUAAAUCCUGCACACUGGACCUCAAACAGGACGCGGAGCUAAUGUCGUGACACGCAGAGAAAGUAGUCCUGCUUCUGUACUGAUUUAACUGUUUAAAGCAUUGAUACCUCAUGGGAUACUAUGGAACGACGUAGUUUGUUGUAGCAGAUUGUUGUUUUGGUUCCAUACCAGGGUCAGAGUUCAGCCUCAGCAUUCCUUGUGUGGUCAUUCUCAUAUUUCGUGGAAUGCUCAAGCUCGUGUUACCUUCGUAUGUUUGACUGAACCAAAGAUGCCAGCGGCCAUGCCCAAAUGCUGCUCUUAAGGCCUGGCUUCCUGUCCUUCCAAAAGACACCCCUGCAAAUUGACAAAAUGUUCUUUAUGUCUCUUUUUUUGUGUGUGUGCGAUUUCUCAACUGUCUUGACUUAUUAUUGAGCAACACAAUUUAUCAAUGAAUUUUCAUUGAGUCUAUCUCUGAAGCCGUAUAAGGCAUCACGGAUGGUUUAAAAUCGUUGCAAAUUGUUGUUACUUGUUUUGUUUAUUAUUAUUAUUAUUAUUAUUAUUAUUACUAUUAGUGGUAGUAUUAAUAGUACUAUUAUUAUUAUUAUUAUUAUUAUUGCUAUAAUUUACAAAAAUGAAAAUCCCAUGGUGUGCCUCCUAGCUUUAUGGGUUUAUAAAUGUUUUUUUCCCUAAAGACCAGCAGUUAUACUUUGUAUAAAAGAUGGAUUUUUCCUUAUUUUUUAUGCCAUUAAAGAUGAAAAAAGCCUGUUUUCGUUACUCUGGACCCAGUAGCUG